AUGGAUCCCUCGAAGAAAAAGAAGUCGGGGACCAGAACGUCGUUCUUUAAGAAAGCGGAAAUCCAAAUGGUAGAAAUCCGCGUUGGGGAAGAAUUGAAGUUGUUCCGAGUUCACAAAUCACUUCUAUGUACUCGCGUACCCUAUUUCGAUAAGAUACUCAGUAAAGGAUUUUCAGAAAGCAUAACGAAUAGUGCGGUACUCCAAGAAGAUAACACUGAAGCUUUCGACGUAUUGGUAGAUUGGGUCUACACGAAUAGACUACCACCAGAAAUUGCUUCUGGUAUCCGUCGAUAUAUUCUGGCUGACAAGAUCUGUCCUCCUGAACUUAUGGACCAAGUGAUGGAUAGAAUAAGAACCGAGUAUCCGCUUGGCCCACCGGAUGUUUUAGAUAUUUACAGCAGACUGCCGAACGGUUCCAAGCUUCGCGUAUUUGCGCUCGAUCUAAUGACUCUCGAGUUUUUCAAUCACAGAGAAUCCAAUUUAUCUAGUCUUGUAGAUAUGAACGCAAAGAACGAGGAGUUUGCAACAGACUUUCUGACCAACGUCCGAAGUUGUAUAUGCCAUCCGAUGUCUGUUUCCACGCCUCGGAGGAACCAUCACUGCGCGUAUCACUAUCAAAAAGAUAGAACGUGCAAACCCACGGGAAAACUUCAGACAUGA